AUGAACUCAGUCGAUCCGCAACCACAAGAUGACUCACUCCUCAAAUUCAUCGACUAUGCCAGGUCUGCUCUCUCCCCUGAAGCCGACGAAGAUCCGGAUCCGAACGGAAACGGAUCGGAGACCGCCCGGCCCAGCUGGAAUUGGAUCGUUUCUCGGAUUCUCAAGACCUGCAGCGCCUACUCUAGCGGCGUUACGGCCGCGAUUCUGCUCUCCGAUCUCUCCCAGGCAUGGCAUGAGCAAAAUAGGGACCGGCCGAUGAAGAAGAUGCCAGAAUGCGUGAGGGAGUUGCGAAAGAAGCAUAAGCGGAGGAAGCUUCCGAAUACUGUGACUAUUGAUUCCAUUUAUGAGAAGAAUUUCUUGUCAUUGAAAAGUGUUUUGGAGGCGGUUAUUGUCGACGUUUAUGUUCUCCCCGGCACCAAGAUUUAUAUGCUUUCCCUGGGGGAUUUUUGGAGCACCAAUACCAUUGAUCUUUAUCUCCACCAAAAGUACUAUGACUUGAUAAAUCCCACUAAUGGGAUUCUCAACAAAGGAAGGCAGAUCUUCCUCACAGGGUGCUAUCUUCGUGCUUCUGGAGGAGGGUCUCGCUGUCCGCGGUUGUUGCCAACAGAAUAUCUUGUAGUAUUGUUAGAUGAGGAUGAUGAUGCUGAUGCAAUGCUGCUAGCAGCUCAGUUUUGUUCAGAUACAUUCUCUUCAGUUUCUCUUGAUGCAUUUAGUAAAAAUGUUUAUUAUUCAUUGUACGCAAGAAUUGAGCACAUUGGCCCCCUGGAAGUUCUAGGAGAGUCUGGAACUUUACAAAGGAAACAAAUCACUCUGGUAGAUGACGAUGGUACCAAGUUACAGUUUGUGCUGUGGGGUGAACAGGUUGUCCUGACAAAUCUUUUGAGCUUGGGAAGUAUGCUUGCACUGGAUAAACCAUAUAUUGCAAGUUCAGCAGACAAUGCUGCUGGAACAAGUGCUGAAGUUUCCCUUGAAUUCGGUAGUGCAACACAAUUGUUUUUGGUCCCUGUUGUUCAACACAAGGAACAAUUAUGUAUAGCACUGAGACCAAAUCGCCGUCAAGGAUCAAGACUGCUAAGCACAAUAGAUCCUAGUCAGAGUACACAAGUUUCUCAAGUUUCCUUGCCCUGUGAUUCACAUGGGUCUAUUGAUUUCAGUAGUUAUCCUUUUCAAUCCUAUGUUUCCGAUCUUCGUGACAAGAUGACAGGCGUCAGCCUUUAUGGUGUUGUUACAAGUAUCAUCAAAGAAAGAUGUACCACAGAAGCUAUCUUCUCAUUGAAAAUCGAAGAUACCAGUGGAGCAAUUUGGACUAGAUUACAUUUUGUGAAAUACUGGUCACUGGGAAGAUUAAGCCUUGGCCACACAGUCUACAUAUCAGGUCUGACAUGCUCUAUGACGAAGCGGAAGGGUCUAGAAGCAAUAUGGUCCGAGAAUACUGGUGGAGCUUCUUUCUUCAACCUCAGUUGCUUGCCAGCGUUGCUAAACUCAUCCUGUCUUCAUAAACUAACAAAGCUCUCUGAUCUCUCCAGCCAGACUACCUGUACUCAGAUAGUUCACAUUCGGCUAGAAAUGGCUCAAUUUCAUCUCAGUACAAGGUUUUCACAUGCUGUAUGUGGUCAUUUGGUUACUGAGCAACCCAUGGGAGUUUCUGAAUGCAGCUUCUGUAAUGAGAAUUGUGAUGAAGUAGUUCGCACUUUCCACCUGAAAGUGACCCUUGCUGAUAAGAGUGGGAAAGUUUUAGCAUGGUGUACUGGCCAUACUGCUACAGAGAUCCUGCAAAUCUCUCCUGACGAAUUCUUCAAACUACCUGAGGAAGAACAAUUUAUGUAUCCCUCUUCAUUACAUAAUGAGAGGUUCAAGGUGGCAAUUGUUAAUUGCAAUAGAGAAGGUUCUGGAUCUGGCGAUGCUCUUGUGCUAGAAACUGAGGGAACCUCAUGGGAGAUUACUCGUGCAUUGAAGUGUGAUUAA